CUGAAAUGCAAGUCCCGCCUUCUUCCACUCAAAACAUAAACAAAACCAACACCAUUGGAAGUCAAACCGAAAUACGUUUGCAAGUCAAACACUCCUGGUGUUGUGCAAGUGAAGAAAUUGCUUCUUCGUUAAUUAUUUGGUGAGCAUUGGAGACUGAUAAUGGAAUCGCAGCUGAAAAAGGAGCUGGGAACGUCCAUGCUGAAGUCAACUGGCCAUUCUGGAGGUGGUUGUAUCAGUGAGGGACAGAGCUAUGAUACUGACAACGGGAGAGUGUUUGUCAAGAUCAACCACAAGAGUCAGGCAAAGCUAAUGUUUGAUGGUGAGCAGGCCAGCUUGGAGGCCAUCUUGAUGACAGGCACAGUGAAGGUCCCCAAGCCUUUGAAGGUGAUAGAGCUGGAUACAGGAGGGUCUGCAUUUGUCAUGGAACACAUUGACAUGACGGGUCUCAGCAAGCACUCCAAGCAGCUAGGAAAGUGUCUUGCUGAUCUGCACCUGCACAACCAGAGACAGAGGGACAGGCAGAACAAGGAUCAGCAGACAGUUGGAAAGGGAGCCGAUGUUCCUGUUAUUGAACAGUUUGGCUUCCAUGUUCCCACAUGCUGUGGGUACCUCCCUCAGGAAAAUGAGUGGCAGAGUGAAUGGGUGACGUUCUACUCCCGAAACAAACUACAGCACCAACUCAACAUGGUGGAGAAGUCUUAUGGAGAUAGGGAGGCUAGGGAGCUAUGGGCUCAGCUGCAGCUGAAAAUCCCUUCUCUAUUCACCGACGUGGAGGUGUUUCCGGCCCUGCUUCACGGUGACCUCUGGGGGGGGAACGUGGCAGAGUGUUCCGACGGCCCGCUCAUCUUUGACCCCGCCUCCUUCUACGGCCAUGCAGAGUUUGACUUGGGCAUUGCAGGAAUAUUUGGAGGGUUCAGUGACUCCUUCUACUCUGGGUACCAUGAGAAGAUCCCCAAGGCCCCGGGCUUUGAGAAGAGACAAAAGCUGUACCAGCUGUUCCACUAUCUCAACCACUGGAAUCAUUUUGGUGGAGGAUACAGAGGGUCCUCAUUGAGGAUCAUGAAGGAUCUGGUGAAAUAAUGUAUGCAUUAUUAAACAUUCACAGCAUUGGCAAGAACCUGCCUGAAGCUCGCAGCUAGGUCUUACGCACAAAACCUGAGCAUGCUAGUCUUAACCCAAAUGCUUCUUUCCGUCUAAAAGGUGUUUUGGGCAUAGACACACGGCUAGUUUUGAGCUUAGUUGGAUGCCAAUCCAGAAUAAGGAAAUUCCUCUGAUUUUAUUUGGGUGAUUUCUGAAUUAAUUAAUGAUUUUGUUGUUAGGGAACAUUUUUAGAAAAAUACCAAUACACAAUGAAUUAGUACACCAUUGAAAAGAUAUUUCAUGAAACACAUAUUGCUGUUUGUGUUGAAGUGCUUGUCAAAUACAACAUUUUUGAAAUGCAUUCCCAGCUCUUUGAGAACUGUAGCAUGUAUAGAGCUUACAUACAAUAUUGGAAAUACAUUUACUUAAAGUGUAGACAUAGCAGUGAACAAAGUUAUGAUCUGUUUAUGUAUUAUCUGAUGAGUUGUCUUAAUUAGCUUUGUUAUAAAGCUGUGUGAAUAUUAAUAAUGCAUUGCAAAUAAAGUACAUUACUUGCGUGUU